AUGGCGCGGAGAGAAGACAUGGACCGCAAGAGCUGCAGGAGGCCACUCUCACCAGGCCGCGUCCUGCGGGAGGCCCAGGAGGCCUGGCCGCUGGCUCUUACUGCCCCAAUGCCAAGACCUCUGGCCAACUGGGCGCAGGAUACCCCUUUUUGCCUUCUUGCUCUAGGUGCUAACUUUGAGUACAUCAUCGCAGAAAAAAGAGGGAAGAAUAACACCGUGGGGUUGAUCCAACUGAACCGCCCCAAGGCCCUCAAUGCCCUUUGCGAUGGCCUGAUUGAGGAGCUCAACCAGGCACUGAAGACCUUCGAGGAGGACACGGCCGUGGGGGCCAUUGUCCUCACCGGCGGGGAUAAGGCCUUUGCAGCUGGAGCUGAUAUCAAGGAAAUGCAGAACCUGAGUUUCCAGGACUGUUACUCCAACAAGUUCCUGAAGCACUGGGACCGCCUCACCCAGAUCAAGAAGCCAGUCAUCGCUGCUGUCAAUGGCUAUGCCUUUGGCGGGGGCUGUGAGCUUGCCAUGAUGUGUGAUAUCAUCUAUGCCGGCGAGAAGGCCCAGUUUGCACAGCCGGAGAUCUUACUAGGAACCAUCCCAGGUGCGGGUGGCACCCAGAGACUCACGCGUGCUGUUGGGAAGUCGCUGGCAAUGGAGAUGGUCCUCACCGGUGACCGGAUCUCAGCCCAGGACGCCAAGCAAGCAGGUCUCGUAAGCAAGAUUUUUCCUGUUGAGACACUGGUGGAAGAAGCCAUCCAGUGUGCAGAAAAAAUUGCCAGCAAUUCUAAAAUUAUAGUAGCCAUGGCCAAAGAAUCAGUGAAUGCAGCUUUUGAAAUGACAUUAACAGAAGGAAGUAAGUUAGAGAAGAAACUCUUCUACUCAACCUUUGCCACCGAUGACCGGAAAGAAGGGAUGACUGCGUUUGUGGAAAAGAGAAAGGCCAACUUCAAAGACCAGUGAGACCCAGCCGCCCCUCCCUCACACCUUUGCUUGGAGAGAGCAAGUGCAGCCUGCUGUCAGUUUUAGAAGCAAGUAAAUCAUCCUCUUUUCGAGAGCAGCGUCCGUGGUGCGCAGUUUCUCUCUGCUGCGUGGUCACGGCCCGAGCUCUCACGGCAUGACUGCCUUCUUCACCCAGCCUGUGAGGGUCCGUGUUCACAUCCUGAUUGGAGCACCUUCUUCUCAUUGUUAAGAUUCUGCUGAGGAGCCCCUGCUGGUCCCUCUGGGCAUGCUGUGCUUGGGCGGAAAGCAGGGCCUGCGGGUCCUUGUGUCCCUGCCGCUGGAGAGUGGGGCUGCUCUGAGGGAAACACUGCUGCCUUCACACAGAUGCUCUGCUGAUUAAAGUGACAGCGAUUCAGGUGACACCA